GCCUUUAAUUUCAUAAACUCGCUUUCUCUGCAAUUUCUCCUUCAUUUCCUAUCACUGCACAACUUCCAUUUACUUCUUUCUCUCUCUCUCUCCUCUUUCUCACUGUUCCCAUUUUCCACUGUUUGCUCUCAGCUGACGGAUUCUUGGUCAAGUCCUUGUUUUUGUGAUCGGUGAGUUUCUGGGUCCCCCACUUGUGCUUCCAUUCUGUUUUGUGCUGUUUCUUCUCCUUUCCGUGUUUGAUUUGUUCUUGAUGCAACCACUAAUCGUUAAGGAUUUGUGUUAUGGCUAAUGAAUUUCUUCUUCAUCCAUGUGAGCCAACAAGUUUGUGAAGUGAUUGAUGUAAGCAAUGGUUGCUGAAUCAUGGUUUCGAACUCUAUGGAAGACUUCACGGAAGGAUGAUAGUAAUUCUGAGAAGGCGGUGAUUGGGGUAUUAGCAUUUGAAGUUGCUAGCUUGAUGUCCAAGCUUGUUAAUUUGUGGCAGUCUUUGAGUGAUAAACAGGUUGCUAAGUUGAGAGAAGAGAUAACAAAUUCAGUUAGUAUAAGAAAGCUUGUUUCAGAUGAUGAGAAUUUCAUUGUACGCUUAAUCAGUCUAGAGAUGCUUGAGAACAUGGCACAUGUGGCUGAAUCUGUGGCUAGACUUGGGAAGAAAUGCAGUGAUCCAAGUUUGCAGGGUUUUGAGAAUACCUUUGACGAUUUUAUCACUUUUGGUGUUGAUCCUUAUGGGUGGGGAUUCACCUCCAGGAAAAUGGAGAAAAAGGUAAAAAGGAUGGAAAAGUUUAUAGCAACUAAUGCAACUUUGUAUCAAGAGAUGGAAUUGCUGUCUGAUCUUGAGCAAACUGUUAGAAGAAUGAAGGCUUACACUGAGUCUGACGGGCCAAAUUUAAUUGACUAUCAGAAGAAGGUUGCAUGGAAAAGGCUGGAGGUAAAAAACUUCAAGGCUAAUUCUCUGUGGAACAGGACAUAUGAUUAUACUGUACACUUUUUAGCAAGGGCUUUGUUUACAAUAUUCAGUAGGAUCAACAAUGUAUUCGGAAUUCAAGAGAUUAUAGAUGUUGGUAAAAUCAAGAAUCGAAGUGCUUUGAAUUCCAAUCACAUUCAUGGCAGUCAAUCAGUUUCUGAAGUUUUGCAACCUUCAGUCCACCCCUCCAGGAAUAAUGUUAGUAGAUUUGCUUCAGGACCCCUUGGUGCUUUUACUGCUACAUCUGUUCCAAAUGUUAGAACAAAUAAAACUGGCAAUUUUCGUUCAGGUGGUGGUGACUCAUCCGUCAAGUCAGGCCCAAUUUCAGGAAAGUAUAGAAGUAUCAAAAUUUUCUCAGGUCCUCUUGGAAGGAAUUCCAAAAAGCCAGUCCAAGAUAAUGGAACAAAUAAAAGCAGCAAGAUUUGGAAGUUUCAUGGCCACUCAUCUGCCAUAAAUGGCAUAAAUGGGAGGGAAAUUAAUGGAAGACACAAUCGACUGACUCAAGUAGGACCUUUCAAAGGAUGUAUGGCUGUGGACAGUUCCUCUGUCAUUGACUGCCACUCAAGCCUAAAUGAUGUUCAUUUAGCAACUCAGAAUCACAAUGAUGCUAAUGCAAACCUUCUUGCUCCUGGAAAAGAAGUUCAUUGUCCUCGAUCAACUUUUGGUACUCUAUUCAGGUUAAAGCCUCCAUCUGAAUCCCUUGGUGCUGCUUCUUUAGCCCUGCAUUAUGCAAAUGUCAUCAUUGUGAUAGAGAAGCUUGCAGCUUCUCCAUACCUGAUUGGUCUUGAUGCGAGAGAGGAUCUUUACAACAUGUUACCUAGACGUGUAAGAACUACUCUUAGGGCCAAGCUAAAGCCAUAUUCCAAGGCCAUGGCUAAAGCCAUCUUUGACACAAGUCUAGCAGAGGAAUGGACCGAAGCAAUGAGGGGUAUAUUAGAAUGGUUAGCCCCACUUGCUCAUAACAUGCUAAGAUGGCAAUCUGAGAGAAGUUAUGAGCAGCAUAGCUUUGUUUCCCGGACAAACGUGUUGCUGGUACAAACCCUUUACUUUGCAAAUCAAGAAAAAACAGAAGCAAUAAUCACUGAGCUUCUUGUGGGUCUGAAUUAUGUAUGGAGAUAUGUUAGGGACCUCAAUACAAAAGCUCUGGUUGAUUGUAGCAAUAAUGGGGUAGAUAGUAGAUACCCUCAACUGAAUGGAUAAGCAGAUAGUAGAUACCCUCAACUGAAUGGAUAAGCAAUCUUCAUGAUGCUCAUGGCAGUUUUCACUUGAAGUGCAGUCCCUGACCAUUUUGAUUGGUAUGAAGGAUUUCAGGGACACCAACUUUCUAGCUUGAGUUUCGAUGAAUGUGAAUUAGGGGCUAGAUGGAGUAUGAGAGAAAUGGUCACAUACACUGUUGUGCAAUAUUAGAGUUAGAAUGCAAUCUUGGCGAGAAAUGUUCAUUUUAAAUAUUUAGUAUUAUUUUUCUUUGAGGAGAUCCUAGCUGAUUUAACUUGGAUCGCUGGUCUCAUCUCUGAUAAGUUGUCCUAUGGGUUCCUACAUGCUGUUUAGAGGGCGGAUAUUUAUGAGCAUAAUAUAUAUUAAAUUGUAUAGUUUUAUCAAACUGGAUCUUUCUAUAUUGAAAUCUUUUGAAUGGUGGGAUGACAUGCCAAUUUCAAAAUGCUAGAUAC